UACUUCCGGGUUCCGAAUGUCAGAAAAAGUUUCACUUUCGUGAUUAUUGCAGUGACGUGUCGUGUUAUUCUUAGAAAUUUGGAAGGAAAUUUCUAGUCAUCCUUGUGUUUGAGAAACCUCAGUGGUCAGUGGCUAAUUUUAGCCGAUGUUUUAAAGCUAGUUUGUUGAAAAGUGCGGCCACAGAACUUGGAAAAGUUUUUGAAAAGUUUGGAGGCAGAAAGAUUUUUUACAGGUGUAUCUACAGAAUGGGCGACAGGACAGCAGGAGAGGAUGUGACUGACGCCAUCCCGUCUGGACCGGAGGUGGCCAGCAUCACGGGAGAGCAGGUCAGGAGAACCGUGGAGAAACUGUCGGUGGAGGAGACAACUCAGGAGAAAACUCCUGCCAGCAGGUCCCCUGAACCCCAGACUAGUAUUGGAAACAUGACGUCUGCUCCAACCAUUGAUGUUCACAGUCUGACUGGCACUAAGAAAGUCCAGGAGCCUCCAAACACUUCAGAAACAGCACCUGGCAGUUAUAAAAUGGCAUCAGUCCAUGGAGAGAGGAGCCUUGAGCCAGAGACAGUGCCCAGUGGUGGAGAGAAACAUCAGGGUGAGAAACAGAAGACUCCUGCCAUGUCUGAUCACCAGGACCUGUCCCACAUGUACAACAUGAACCACAACAGGAGGGGACUGGCUGUUGUCAUCAACAACAGAGAUUUUGACAAGAAGACGAAACAGAAGGUGAGGAAAGGCACCGACAUCGACGCAGACAGUCUGUUCAAACAACUGUCAGGCCUCGGCUUUGAGAUGCAAAUGAACGACAACCUGACCUGUAAGGAGAUGAAGAAGGUCCUCAAAGAAGCUGCUGCAGCAGACCACAGCGACACAGACUGCAUCCUGGUCGCGCUGCUGAGUCACGGAGAAGAGAAGACGGUUUACGGCACGGACGGGACGCUCGACAUCGCAGACCUGGCCGCGUACUUCAAUGGCGUGAACUGCAAAUCCCUCGUGGGGAAGCCUAAGAUCUUCAUCAUACAGGCUUGUCAGGGUUCAAAACUCAUGGAGGGGGUGGACGUGCCUGAUGCGGUUGGUUUCCGUGACGAUGACCUCCCGACCCCGCCACAGACACAGACGCUGCCGGCAGAAGCAGACUUUCUCUACUACUACUCAACCAUGCCAGGGUACCUUUCGUGGCGUAACCAGGAGAGCGGGUCGUGGACCAUCCAGUCGCUGUGUGCCGUCCUGAAGGAGCAUGGGAAGUCUGGGAUGGAGAUCAUGCAGAUCCUCACUAGGGUCAACAGGACGGUUGCCACCCAGUUCGAGUCACGCACCCGAGACAAGGAGAUGGACAGUAAGAAGCAGAUCCCCUGCAUCAUGUCCAUGCUCACCAAAGAACUCUACUUCACACCCAAGAUCUAGCCUGACUUUGCACUCCUGAGCUUCUUCCUUCUAUAGCCACCAGUUCUCUGCGUGGAUGAGGUGUUUAGAGCAUAAUAUCAUAUCCAGAACUGUGCUUACCAUAUCCAGGACUAUGCCUGUCUAGUUCUAUGCCUAAACUGGUUAGGGUCAGGGUUAGGCACAGUUCUAGAUAGUCUCUAUCAUAUCCAGAAUCAACAGUGUCACUAGUUCUAUGGCUGAAUCAUGUCCAUGCUGACCAAAGAACUCUACUUCACACCCAAGAUCUAAGGGGUGUCUUCCUUCUAGCUACCAGUUCUCAUUAUAAUUAAGAGUAUAUCAUAUCCAGAACUGUGCCUGUCUAUAGUCCUAGCAUAUCCAGAACCGUGUCUAUCUAGUUCUAUGCAUGAAUGGAUUACAGUUAGGAUCAGGCAGAAAUCUGGAUAGCAUCUACACCCAUGUCUAUCUAGGUGAAUGCCUGAAUGGGUUAGGAUUAUAGAGUUUUUUAAAGGCAUGGUUCUGGAUAGUCUCCAAGUAUCCAAGAAGAGAGACUUGCCAUAGGCACGGUUCUGGAUUAGCCAGAACUGUGCCUGAGCAUGGUUCUUAAUACAGCGCAGUUCUGGAUAGAACAGAGCAUUUGAGUGACUGCCAAAGAAGUCUUUUAAUUUUGCAGUGCUUUUAUUCUGCAGUACUACUGGGGAAAUGAAGAAGGCGAUUUUACUACUGUGUUUAUUGAAUUUGCAGUGCAAAAGUCAUACAAGAGGAGACAUGGAGCUUUUUAGAUGGGGUUUCUUGUAAGAGUGCAGCUUAUAAGUCAGAACAAUUUAGCAAUCAUGAGUCAGACCCAUUAUGAAGUUAAACUCAGUCUUUAGUUUAUUCCGUGAUCUGGCAGGAACGUAGCAGGAACAUCUAGAUUGAAAUAUCAUGUAUGAUUUCUUCAUAAUCUUACUACAUUUUUGUAUAUUCGAUCUUUAUCAAAAUAUAGAAAAUUUCUUUCUUUCAGCAUCUCACUGAGAUCUGAAUCGGUGUGUAGAAACAAGGACAUUGUAUUGAAGAUGAUGUGAAUAUCAUUCCUUUUUCAAAUCAUGUGAGAAAAAUCUAUUUUGCAUUAAAUUUGCUAUGACUGUAUAUAGAGUCUGUCAUAAUGCCAAAACAUGACUCAGAUUUUUUCUGUACAUUGUAGGUA